UAUCGAUAGGCAAGAUUGUUACGUCGGCUGUUAAAAAGGUUUGUUAUAAGACCGGGUGGGUUUCGAGUUGGAGCUUCUCCCGAAUAUUUCCGUUAUUGCCCCUGUCUAGUUACGUGAGCCUUUGUUGGCAAACUGGUUUUAUUUUAGUGUUUAAAUGGCUGGAAAAAUUAUUACGUUAGAAGAAGUCGGAAAGCACAAGGAUUCUAAAACAGGCGUAUGGAUAACCAUCCACGGUCAUGUGUAUAACGUGACCAAGUUUCUUGAAGAACAUCCUGGGGGUGAAGAAGUUCUGAUGGAACAAGCUGGAAAUGAUGCAACAGAACCAUUUGAAGAUGUAGGGCAUUCCACUGAUGCUCGAGAGCUUCUAAAGGACUACCUGAUAGGAAGCCUCCCAGAGAAUGAGGCGAAAAAGGUCAAUGAAAAAAAUCCAGCAAACUGGGCUAAAAAGGAUGAAGAAACAAAGCCUGCCUCUUGGGCAUCAUGGCUCAUUCCAAUGUCUCUAGCAUUUGUGGCUUCAAUGGGAUACAGGUUUUAUACGUCUAAUCAAGGCAAUUAAAAAAAAACCUUAAUGGUUGGUUACCAAACUAGACAUCAGUUAUCAAAUUAACAAAAUGGGGUUGUUUAAUUUUAAUUGAGAUAAAUUGAUUACUGGUAAUGUAGUUGUUAUCUUAUGAUGCAGAAUAUCCAUUCCACACCAUUUCACAGCCAUGAUGCAUGCAAUAUACUCUUAAACUCAAA